AUGAAUUAGCAAAGAGAGCUAUCAAGUUAUGAAUUGAGAGAAAUCUUUGAUAGAGAUAAUUUUGAUCCAAUUUAGUAUAUCAAUAAUAGAUUUCCUGAUGAAAAUUCUUUAUGUCAUUUAGAUAAUGAAAUUGCUAUGCUCAAAGAAGAAUUAUAAGCAAUGAAUGAAGAUUUAGUGCAAUCAAUUCAUAAUCAUGCACUUACAAAUACGUAAUUGCAAAAUGAAAUAAAAGUAGCCCAUGAAACUACAAAAGAUGUAAUUUAGCAAAUUUAAAUUAUCAAAGAGAAGGCAGAGAAAUCAGAAGAAUUAGUGUUUGAUAUGUGUAAGGACAUUAAAUCUCUUGACACUGCUAAGAAGAAUUUAACAUUUUCUAUUACAGCAUUAAAGAAAUUUAUUAUGAUGUUAAAUGCUGUUGAUAAAUUGCGUAAUUCCUGUAUCGAUAAAAAUUAUAAGGAAGUAGCUAAUCUUAUCUCUGCAUUCAAUGAACUGUCUACCUACAUAUAAAAAUACCAAAAUAUUCCAUAAAUUCAAGAACUUUACAAGGAAUACGAUGAAAUAGCUUAUGAAUUGAAAUAGUAACUUAAAGAAGAUUUUGAAGCUUUCAACAAUUAAAGUACUACUUUAACAGCAUAAGCCAUGAAUGAGGCUUGCAUGGUAGUUGAAAAUUUAGGAUUAAAUUUUUAUAAGGAAGUUAUUGAUUUUGUUUGCAAACUUUGUUUGAAUUCAUACGUAUCAGCUUUUUCUAAACCUGAAAAUUAAACUCUAGAUUAACAUGAAAGAAGAUUUGCUUGGCUCACAAGAAAUAUAAUGGAAUUUGAUAAGAAGUGGGAAGGAGUUUUUCCUGAAUAUUGGACAAUUUCUUGCAAAUUAAUACAUGAAUUUUGCAGCUAGACCUUUGUAGGUUGUGUUGAUGCUUUACAAAAAUAUGCCAGGAACACUGAUGUUAAAAUUUUCAUGUUAGCACUUUCAUCAACAGUUGCUUUUGAAUAAAAGAUUUCAAAAGACAUGGAAAGAAAGUAUAGAAAAUAUAUUAAUGAAAUUAAUUCAUUGUAAGAUGCUCAAAACUAAGAAUCUAACAGCAUUGCUGAGCUACUAAAGACUAAAAAGGAUUUCGUUUAAACAAGACUCCCUAAUUUCAAAGGAGUGAUUUCCAAAGCUUUUGAAUAAUAUUUAUAACCUUAUUCUGAUAUCAAGAAAUAAGACAUAACUUCAUGUAUUAAUAAAGCCAUUUAUGACGAUUCAAUUGAAGAAAAUUUGAAAGUAUUUAAAUCAUAUCUAGAUUUGUAAGGCUUUAUCAAUUCAUUUAUAAAAGAAGCAGAGAGUUAUGGUAUGAACUAACUCAUAAUUGAAAUGUCAAGGGUUGUUAAGCAUGGUCUUAGAUUUUAUGCAGAAAGAUUAACUUAAAGAAUGGAACAAGAAUACAACAACACAAUUAAAUCAAGAGAUCAUGAAUAGUUUUAAAUAUUUGUUGGAUGCACUAUAAAUACAUCUGAAUGCUGGAAAGAAAAUAUAAUAGGAUUGGAAGAUACUAUUAAGAGUAAAUUAGAUGUAGCAUACCAUGAUAAUUUAGACAUUCAAAAUGAAAGUAACAUCUUUUCAGACGUUAUAAAUAGAGGUAUUGAGUUUUACCUUUAGUAUAUCGAAUGGGGCACUGAUAGCAACUUUAAUAGCCUUACAAAGUUAAAUUGGUAACAAAUGUAAGCUAUAGAUAAUGCUUGCGAUUCGAAUGAUUGUAUUAAGGAGAUUAAGAAUUUCAUUUUACACCAUAUAAAUACUAUUAGAACAUAAUUUUCAGAAGUCUACCUCUUCUUUUAUCUCAAGAAACUUGCAUUACAAAUUAAUUAAAAGUUCCUAAACACUGUUUAUAAACUGAAAUCCCUUGGAGAAGGUGCUGUUCAAUAAUUGAUGGUUGAUGCAACUGAGCUAGAAACAAGUCUUAUUGAUUUAGCAAAGAGUGAAGAAUAGUAAUCAAAAACAAUAUAAAAUUAUGUGACCAAUGUAAAGAAAUCAUUUAACAAAACAAAAAAUAUUCUUAAGCUUCUUAAUAUGGGUAAUCAAGAAUUUAUUGAUAACUUCACUAAUUUCUUUGAAGAUGCAACAGUCAUCGAUCUUGAAAAACUAUUGAUUGUUAAAGGUAUCAAAAAGACAGAAGUACCUUAGCUAUUCAAAGUUGUUGGAAAUAAAUGA